AUGGAUAACUUUACUCCAACAUUCGGCUACGACCGCUUCAUCGUGUACAAAACAUGGUCGUAUGACGUUAGUAUCAUCUACCAGAUGACAACGUGGACCGACAUUACUGCGUAUGGACUAUCUUGGUUCUCGCCGACAAAGCUCAAUGUUUUGUUCCUUAAGGUCCAACUGCCGACUUUUCAAGAAGCUUAUGACAGACUCUCAACAUCUGGCGUCGAGCUUGAUCCGGAUAUCCGCAGUGGAUUGAACCAUGAUAUGGAAACUAUGAUAUCGCAGAAGGUUUUUCUGUGGAAGGCUGUAUCAGGAGAGUCAAUAAAAUCUUUCUGCAGGGCCAAUUCUAGGGAUAUCAUUGUUGGUCCGCCAGAGGUGGUUGGACAUUUGCGAGUAUUCACCAUUGUCUGGGCACCCCAGAGCAACGAUCGCCCAAAGUUGGAAGGUAUGCGUGCCUUCAUUCAGGAAAACUUUGCCUGGCAAUUAUGGGAAAGCAAGGUAGAGUCUGUUAUCCGGAAACCCAUUCAAUGGUUUGGGCGUACAGCUGCAAGAAUAUUUCUGUGGGAUUCGAUUCAUCCAUCAUAG